CAACAUCCGAACCUUCGUCUAAAAAUGGAGGCUAUCGAAGAGUGAAACCGCACGUUACAAUAAAAUAUAUCAUCGAUAUAUAAGGCAUUUAUUCACGGAGUGACCUGGGACGGUUUUACGACGAAAAUGAAGUCUGUAAAACCGAGAACCAAAACGAGGAAGAACAACGGGAAAUUUGGGAGGGUUAAAUUUGGAGAUAAAGAAUCUGCGGAUAUUUCCAAUCCCGACUUAUCCCAAUUGCGCAAACCGAUCGACAUUAGCGUUUCGAGUUUGUUGCAAGUUACAAAAUUGCUGGAAGUUGGUGGCGAGGAGGUGAAAAGCAUGCUAGCGUACGAAUGCGACGUUGUAUACGAGUGCAGAGUUUGCCGCAGUCUGUUCAGAAGUCUGGCCAACUUCAUAUCGCACAAGCGGGUUUACUGCAGGGAAAAAUUUAACAUCGCUCUUUUCAGACGUAGUCACAAUGACCACAUCAUAUCGAACGGUGCUUUCAUGUUCGAUCCCGAAUUGGCAGAGGAUGCUGAAUGCAAGGAAGAAGAUGACAACAUUCGAAUACUUCGCAGUCAAGUUGUCAGAAAUACCUUGAAGAAAGAUCUCACAUCUGUUGUCGACAUGCUUCAGAAAAAACAAUACAAUGAGGAGGACGAAGAUCUAUCGCAGUUCAACAGCGAACCAAAGAGGUCCAAGCUACCAAAUCGCAGAGUAAAGCUCAAACCUGAGAUGAAUAAGUUGAACCAGGAAAUCGUCCUUGAGCCAAUAGACACAAGCAAAACAGCUGUUUAUCAGACUGCAAACGUUGUUCCUCAGUCGUCAGCGUUGCAAGCUGCCGAUCUUAUGAAAGCUCAGAUCAUAGAGCUGCAAAACAUGAUUGGACGCAAUACUGCAGUCGUUUAUUCUAAAGAUGAAACCAUGGACACGAAUCUGCUGGAAAAGAGCGACAGUCCAUUGCAGAUAUACGGCAGUGACGAUGAGCAAGCGGAAAGCGCGGAAUCAAAAUCUCAGAGCUUAGUGUGCUCAGUGUGUAACGCAAAGUUUGCUACCAGGAAGACGUUGACCUACCACAUGAAGUCUUUGCACGUCUCAUAUCGGAAAUGUUAUCCGUGUCCUUGCUGUAAUAGUACAUUUGCAAAUACUUGGAGCGUUUAUCGGCACCUUUUCAAAGUUCACAGAAAAUCAAAUGAGCAGGUGAGAAAACUCCGCGCUCAAAUACAGGAAAAGGCCUUCCGCAAGGAAACCACUGGAGCUGAAGAUAUAGAGAAGGAAAAUGCCAUGACGAAAUCUUUGAGCGUGUCACUGCAGGAGACAAGCAACACUACUCAAGAAUGGAUGGAUCAUUUUGAGUCCGAUCUAGAACUUCAACGCUGCGGCGGUUGUGGACGACGGUUCGACAGAAGAGCAGCGUUGGUCUCUCACUCACAGUCGUGCCAGAAGCGAAUAGCUGCCUGUAACGAAGCAGCUACAGCGAUCAAGGCUACGAGAUCAGAAAAAACGCCUUCGCCAAUUGACCAACCGAGCGAUAGUAAGCCAUCGCGUAAAAACACACCUGAGCAUGCUGUGAGAAGUUCUCAAAGUAACGAGAAACAGGUUUCACAAAAAAUCGAAUUGCCACGCAUCCAGAGUUUGGUCGACACCUCGAGUGUGGGCUUAGAGGAAUCGCCUUUGGAAUUGAUCAGUAAUAACGAGACCUCGAUACGAGUAGAGAAUGUUUCCAGAAUCAGCAACGCUGACUGGGAAAUGAUGGGGAAUAAUUUUGGCAAGAUUUCAAUGAACAGCGAUUCAUUCCUAUCUGCCAAUUCUGUAUUUGAUAAAGGUCAGGCGAUCGAAACCGAUGAGGAACAAGCACUUGCCAACAAGGUACCAGAUUCCCCCGAAAUUAUAUUUACAAGCAUGGACGACGCCAGGACAGUCGCCAUAAGUUUCGGCCCCAAAAAGAGAAGAAUCGCCCUCUUGAAAAAUUCCUCAAAAGAUUUAUCGAAUAGCUCAGAAUCCACAAAUUUUUCUAAUAAAUCUGAAAAUGUCAUGACGUCAGUGCCACCGAGCAGUGAAAAGCAAACAUUUAGCACGGAUCAUAUGAAAAUAAUGGAGAAUCGAAUAGCGAUGAUUGCAAAUGUUCGAAAGCUUCAGUGCUUACCGUGUCAUAGAAAAUUCACGUCGAUGACAAACUUAAGGAGACACAUGGCUAUCCAUAUAGGUUGGAAUCGAUACCGCUGCAGACUUUGCGACUUCAAAUGUUUUGUUAAAUGUGAUUGCGUAGCGCAUUGCAACAAAGUACACGAUGCCAAGAACAACAGAGCCGUUAUUGCGGAUAUGGUCAUUCAGAUCCCACCUGAUCAAAGUGCUCUUGCCCAACAAAUUAUGAUGGAUCUAUCCAAUCCUUGUGAAAAUAAUCCUGAUCCAGAUAUUAUUGAAGUCACGUCACCACCGACCAAAGAAGUCGAUGUGGUUGAAGUUACGAGCAAUUCCAACAGCGUCGAGUAUCUGCGGGAUAAAACUGGCGCAAAGGACAUCAAAUUGCCCAUUGAAAAAUCAGUCGAUGAGGACAUAACUGCAACAGCUAAAGAACAUCCACGAGAACCAAAUCCAAGCGAACACGAAGGUGAAAGCAGCGAUUCAAGCCCAGAAGAAACGCCGCAGCAAACGCGAAGUAGACUUGACAAGGAUCCGGAUCUUCGGAAGAUGGUAAUGGAAGUGAUAUUCGGUACAGCAGAGGGCGAACCGGAGCCGCGACCCGACCCGGAAAUCCAUCGGCUAAUAUUAGAAACCAAGAGUUGCAAAACUACAGAUUCAUCAGCGGAAAUUAACGGUGACGAGGAUACUAGGAGCAGCACAGAGGACAAUUGGAAGAAGAGCGGCAAUAAUUCGAGUACAAAGGAGCCGAAAAAGCGGCCGACGCGAAUUCGCGUGAAGCCGGUAAAUGAUGAUUUUAUCUACGACUUGACUGAGGUGAUCCGCAAGGAUUCGGCGAUCCACAAAGCUACUGGAGUAACCGGAGCCCAGAAAACGCUAAAGAAAAAGCAAUCGAACCAGCAGCAAUCUUCCGGAGAAACCGAAAGCGACCUGGAGAAUAAAUCGGAAGCAGCAGCACGAGCUUCCGUUGUGCAAAAAUUAUCAUCAGCGUGUAAACCGUUGCCUAUAAUGCAGCAUAAAAAGGCCGAAAUGAAUAAUUACAUGAGCAAAUUUUCGCUGAGGCAAGCUGAAGUCAGAUUACAUCCCACAGAUGGACUGGCAGUAUUGAACAGUGUUGGAGUGACGAAUACACCGGUUGUGACACCAAAGUAAAAUUUAUUUUCUCGUGCUUUGGGAUUAAUUGAUGCAUGUCCAUUCCAGUGCAUAAUAUCUUAUCAUUUGAUUUGAAAAAAAAAUAUAUUCAAGUAUGAUUACGUUACUUGACAAUUGUGGAAAGUCCAGUAAUAAUCUUUCAAAUCUAUAGCGUUACAGCUGUUACAAAUAAUGUUGAGAACUUCAAAAUUUAUCUUAAAUUUUUUAAAGAUAACAUGUUGCAUAGAUUUAGUGCUGUACUUAGAGGGCGAGAUGCAGAUACAGAUUAUACGAGAUCUGUAACAAUUUCUGAAUCUACUUGGGGAAAGGAAGAUUUCAGAAACCACGUAGUUGUAAAUACAUACAUACAUAUAUAAAUAUUCAUUAAAGAAAAACAAAAAUAUAAA